AUGGUGAGAAGUAACCAAAAUACUACAGUAACAGAGUUUCUCUUCUCUGGAUUCCCACAGUUUGAAGAUGGUAGCCUCCUCGUCUUUAUUCCAUUGUUUGUUAUCUAUAUAUUUAUUGUCAUUGGGAAUCUUAUUGUGUUUUUUGCAAUCAGGAUUGAUACCCGUCUCCACAACCCCAUGUAUAAUUUUAUCGGCAUUUUCUCAUUUCUGGAGAUCUGGUAUACAACUUCCACAAUUCCCAAGAUGCUCUCCAACCUUAUCAGUAGGCAGAGGACCAUCUCCAUGAUUGGCUGCCUCUUGCAAAUGUACUUCUUCCAUUCACUGGGAAAUUCAGAGGGGAUUUUGUUGACCACUAUGGCCAUUGACAGGUACGUUGCUAUCUGUAAUCCUCUCCGCUACCCAACCAUCAUGACCCCCAGGCUCUGUGCUCAGCUCUCUGCAGGGUCCUGCAUCUUUGGCUUUCUUGUGUUGCUCCCAGAGAUUGUAUGGAUUUCCACACUGCCCUUCUGUGGACCCAACCAAAUCCACCAGAUCUUCUGUGAUUUUGAACCUGUGCUGCGCUUGGCCUGUACAGACACGUCCAUGAUUCUGAUUGAGGAUGUGAUUCAUGCUGUGGCCAUCGUAUUCUCUGUCCUGAUUAUUGCCCUCUCUUAUAUCAGAAUCAUCACUGUGAUCAUGAGAAUUUCCUCUGUUGAAGGCCGCCAGAAGGCCUUUUCUACCUGUGCAGCCCAUCUUGGUGUCUUUCUGAUGUUCUAUGGCAGUGUAUCCCUCAUGUACCUCCGUUUCUCUGCCACUUUCCCACCGAUUUUGGACACAGCUAUUGCAGUGAUGUUUGCAGUUCUCGCUCCCUUUUUCAACCCUAUUAUCUAUAGCUUUAGAAAUAAGGACAUGAAGAUUGCAAUUAAGAAGCUUUUCUGCCCUCGGAAGAUGUUUAAUUUAUCUGCAGAUUAAUGCUAGAUCAUAGGCAUCUUUCACUGUGGAUGUUACUCUCACACAAUAAACCAUAUAAUUAAUAUAUAAUCCAUUCAUUGUCACACUGAUACGUUGUAUCUCCUUAUCCUCAUUCUUCCCAUGUACAUGUAUAUCCUGCUUAUGCAUGCUAAAUUAAGAUAGCAUGGGCCUAUGUAGAUUUAUACAGAUGGAUAAACUAUAUAAAGGAAAUAUGAUGUUUAAGCCAUUAAACAUAAUUAUUGUAUUUUAUGAACAUUAAUUUACUACUUGUAUAUAAACUUUUAAUGUAAAUGCUUAUUGUAGUGCAUAAGCAUUAAUAACAACUAUGAAUUAUAAACCAUGGUAGUUAAAAGAAUCAGCUCCAUGGAAGAGGUUAAGUUUUGUAUUUCAGUGAUGCCACAUACUAGCCUUGUGACCUUGAACAAGUUGUUAAGUAAGUUGUCUGCACCUUAGAUUUAUCAUCUAUUAGUAUAAAAGUAAUAUUUUAAAAGUAGGACUUCAAAUGCUAAUAUGAAUAAUAAAUGAGUUACUCUGUGCAAGUGCUUAGAAUAUGCAUAACACUGAGCAUGUACAAAAUAAGCGUUCUCUGUUGAUGUCCUUUGCAACUAAUUACUAUCAUUUGUUAUUGAUGUUUUAAAGAAUGCUUUAGUAAAGAGUAAUGUAUUAAAAACAAAAACUCAUACUCAGGAAUACUUAGCUUGAUUAUUAUUUAUAGUAUAUUUGUUGUUAUUAUUUCUCUGGAGCCAAGUUGAAUUCAACCUUCAUUUACUUUGACCGCUGUGGUUGAAUUCAUCCAACUUGGUUGAAUAAAAUUAUUUGGUUAAAAGUAGUCUCCAGCACAUUCUAAAGUGAUCAACAGAGUAAAAUAACAGAUAAUAUUAAAGAAAACUAUUUCUAAGCUUGAGAAUGCUUGAGUCAUGGGAUCAAAUCAGAUUGUUUUUGAUUAUGCAAAAUCACUGGAAAUAGAAUCUGGCCUGUUGACAUUUUUGGAAUUAAAAAAUAAGAACUACAAGUUAGAUAACCAAAAUAGAUUCCCAAAUCAUAAGAAGAAAAGUUAGACAAAACUCAGAAAGUAUGUCUUCCUAUUUGAGAACUUAAUACAUAUUUCCAGAAGAAGGUGACAUAAUAAAAGCAAUUAACUUUGAAAAGAAAAGAACUUUGAGUUAUCGACAGAUCAGUGGAUCAAGCACAUGAUAUAAAUAAUGCUCUUGUGGAAGAAGAUGAGAUAUCGAUCGUCAAUAGAGAAGUCAACAGAACCAGUGUGAGUUGUUCAAGGGAGGAAAGAGCCAUACACACUCAUGGCAUGAAGCAAACAGACAAAAAGACGUGGUUUCCUCACUUUCUUCAGUAUUGGCACUAACUCCCCAGUGACAUGUUUAUUUGAAAUGGCCUUAUUUUCUGUAAAAUAGCUUUUCAAGAUGA